CGCCAACAAACAAACUGCUUCUGACACUGAGCAGGAGCACUUUCACGAGACCAGUCUUCAUUAUUCGCCCUAAAUUUGCAGGAUUCAAGAGGAGACCCCUGCGUAAAAACGCGGCAUGAGGAGCCUCUGACAGGUUUUUCCUAAAGAUGUCUGUGUCCUACAGUCAGGAGGUCAUGGAGCACAUUCCGUUUGUUGGGCCGCUGGCGCUGCACGGCAUCCCCGUGGAUGAGAGCAGCGCGUGUUAUAAAGACCCGCUGCGGAUCGGACUGCCUUUCCACCUGGACGCUUCAUACCUGGAUCCCGUUCACCAGAGGCUCCCUUACAGACGGUUUUCCUAUUUCCCCUUCCCGGUGUGCGAUUACUCCUUCGAGCCGGCGUUCAUCCGCAAACGGAACGAGAGGGAGCGGCACCGGGUGCGCUGCGUAAACGAGGGUUACGCGCGCCUCAGAGAGCAUCUCCCGCAGGAAUUCGAGGACAAGCGGCUCAGCAAAGUGGAGACGCUGCGAGCGGCCAUAGACUAUAUCAAACACCUACAGAGCUUGCUGGAUUUAAACGUCCCCGGCGGAAGGAAUAUGUCGAUUGGGGACGCGCGUAACCAUCGGAGGACGGAGUGCAACAGUGAUGGCGAGUCCAAAACCAGCCUCAGCGACAACUGCGACUCUGUUUACUGACUCAACUCUCUCUCUGCUGCACCAGGGGCAAAAUGGGAAAGAAGUAACGAUUGUUAUAGACAAUCUUGUGGAUGUGCCAAUCAUAAAAUAUGCAUUAAAUACCAAUAACACAUUUUUCCCCACUGUCUGCGUUCAUUCCAUGUUUGUUUGAUACUAUAGUGCGUAAAGCAAGCAUCCGCUCAAAAACAGAUAAUUUGAGAGGAUGAUUAACAAAAAGAUGUAUUUCAUUUCUGUUUCUGUGGAAAUAAGUUACAAAUUUAGAGUUCUAAUUUUUCCAAGUUACUCAAAGUGACGUGAGUAAUGAAGAUUUUAUUGUUUUGUAAUAUUUUGCAAUUUUUAUGGAGGCAAUUUAUACAAGCAUCUGUGAAGACCAACUAUAAUAAAGCCAUUUUUGCCA